GCAGAGUGAGUGAAUGUGUGUGAGUGUGAGAGUGUGUGUGUGGGUGUGUUUUUUCACUGGAAGCCAGCCAAGACCCUCCCAGAGCAUUCCUGGCUUUCGCUGUGAAGUUCAUGUGGACGUUCCUUGUUUUUCUGUAAAAUCCCUCACACGACUUUGUGUAACAGAGAAAUACAGAAACGGAGGGGAAAAUAAAUCUCGCUCUGUGAUUGGCUGAGAGGGAGAAGAGACGUGAUCACUUCCUUCACGUCAACAAAGGAGGCUGACCCUGAUGCUCUCGGUAUUUCCAGGAGCCAAGUCUCAUGAGCAGGACAGAAACAAAGCCGGAGAGAUGAAACUAUUUCCAAAGAAAUGACAGGAGGAAACAUUUCUUACACCAAUGCAACACCGAGACACUGAAUACACACUACAUAAGCAUGUUCCCUGUAAUUGCAACGAAUCUCUUCAGAAGAGCCGCAAAAUGCUGGGAAAGUCGUCGCACCACAGCUACUAUCAUCUCCGGCACCAAGAUCUCACACUUCCAUGGUUUCUUCUCCACCAGACAUGUGACAGAGCGUCUGAAGAAGGAUGUAGCGGAGAUGAACCAGCAGCUUCCAGGCUUUAGACCAGGCCUGGUGGUGCUACAAGUCGGGGACAGAGACGACUCUAAUCUUUACAUCAGUAUGAAGUUAAAGGCAGCAGCCAGAAUCGGAAUUAAUGCUAAUCACAUCAGACUUCCUAAGAUGGCUACAGAAGAUGAGGUGCUACAGAGUAUAAGAAUGUUUAACGAGGACCCGGAUGUUCACGGCCUUAUCGUCCAGCUCCCCCUGGACUCCAUCAAUCCCAUAAACACAGAGAAAGUCACCAAUGCUGUAAACCCAGACAAAGAUGUGGACGGUCUGAACAGUGUGAAUGCAGGGAAACUGGCACGAGGAGAUCUGCACAACUGCUUCAUCCCUUGCACACCUCACGGCUGUAUGGAGCUCCUCAAACAUGCAGGUGUUUCAGUAGCAGGAAAGAACGCUGUGGUGAUCGGACGCAGUAAGAUCGUCGGAGCUCCCAUGCAUGACCUUCUCAUGUGGAACCAUGCCACUGUCACAUGCUGUCACUCCAAAACUCCAGACCUUCCAGCUGAAGUCAAAAGGGCAGACAUAGUGGUGGUAGGUGCUGGGAAAGCCGAGCUGCUGAAAGGCGAGUGGAUAAAAGAGGGCGCUGUGGUCAUCGACGUCGGCAUUAACCACAUCCCAGACAGUAGCAGGCCGUCGGGUGUACGCGUGGUGGGAGAUGUUCACUAUCCAUCAGCUAAAGAGCGAGCAGGCCUCAUCACUCCGGUUCCUGGAGGAGUGGGACCCAUGACUGUUGCCAUGUUGAUGGAGAACACAGUCAGGAGUGCUCAAAAGUUCCUGCAGAUGUACAGACCCGGGAAAUGGAGUGUGACGUACACCAAGCUGAAACCAGACAAACCCUGGGCAAGUGACGCCUGGAUCUCUCAGUGUGCUGCACGGAAGCCCAUCCUUCAGCUGGCGAAGGAAAUAGGACUGUUCUCGAAGGAAACGGAGCGGUAUGACAGGAGCAGGGCGAGGGUGAGCCUGGAUGUCCUGCAACGACUUGACAAACAGCCUGAGGGAAAAUACGUAGCAGUCACUGGAAUAACGUCAGCUGCCCAAGCUGAAGGUCGGAGCACCGUAGCUCUGGGGCUAGCUCAAGCUUUGGGAGCACAUUUGAAGGUCAAUGCUUUUGCCUGUGUUCGACAACCAUCUCUUCGACACUGGUUAGGUGUCAGAGGAGCUGCUGAUGGAGGCGGAUGUUCUCAGAUCUCCAUGGAGGAGGCCAAUUUUCUGUUUCCAGACACUGAGGCUGUUUCAGCAUCCAGUGGCUUCAUCACAGACACCAUUGAAACUUUCUGUCAUUAUCAGGACAAACUCUCUGACCAGGAUCUUUUUGGCCUCUUGGUGCCAGUCAGAAAUGAUCUCCGAGCCUUCUCGUCUUCCCAGCUCAAAAGGCUACAGAGACUUGGCAUUGAGAAGUCUGACCCCUUCACCCUGAACCAUGAUGAGAUCAGAUGCCUGGUUCGGUUGGACAUUAACCCAGACAAGAGAAUGGACCGAGCGUCUUUAAACAGUGAGCUGAGGGCCAUCGUGUCUCUGAGCAGGAGUGUAGAGGACAUGAAGGACAGACUCGCUCGGAUGGUGGUGGCUUACAGCACAUCUGGAGAGCCUGUAACCACUGACGAUCUGGGUGUUAGUGAAGUUCUGUGUUUGGUGUUGAAGGAAACCCUGAAGCCGUGUUUGAUGCAGACAUUGGAGGGAACUCCAGUCUUUCUUCAUAUCACUUCAUCCACUGAUGUCCCAUGGAGCAGUCCAUCCAUCAUUGCAGAUAAAAUGGCUUUAAAGUUGGUCGGGCCUCAGGGCUUUGUAGUCACUGAGACUCCAGAUUGUGAGAACUUUCUCAGCAUCACGUGUCGCUUCUCAGGCCUGAGACCCCACGUGCUGGUGUUUGUGACGUCUGUACGAGCUCUGAAGAUGUGCGGAGAUGGUGCAGGAGCUCAGAUCUCAGCAUGUUUCUCUUCCUCUGAUCAAUACACAAAGCAGAACGUGGAGCUGCUGAAGAGGGGUUGUGCUCAUCUGCAGAGACGUUUAGAGAAAGCCAGGACGUACGGGGUACCGCUGGUGGUGGCUGUAAACACCUUCAGUUGUGACACAGAGAUGGAGGUGGAGGUGGUGUGUGAUCAGGCGAGGAGUUUCGGAGCAGUUGAGGCUGUGCAGUGCAGAAGUUGGUCUGAAGGUGGCGCUGGAGCACUGGAGCUGGCACAUGGUGUUCAGAGAGCAGCCGAGAUCCAGAGCACAGUUCAUUUCCCCUACCAGCUGCAGAUGUCUGUGAAAGAGAAGAUGAGAAGAGCAGCCAGGCAGAUGUUUGGUGCUGAAGAUGUGGAGUUGUCUGCUGAAGCUGAAGAGAAGCUGGAUCUGUAUGUGAAGCAGGGUUUUGGAAAUUACCCAGUGUGCAUCAGUCACGUGAGGAACGACGCCGACGUGAAGGUGGUGCCCAUUUCAGACAUCCAGGCUUUCGCAGGAGCAGGAUUUCUCUGCUGUCAACCAAACAUGGGAAAACGUCCGGAAGAUCCGACGUGGCCAUUUGCUUUUUGACAGUCACCUUGAGAGGAACACCUAGACACUCCUUUCUUUUGGCUAACGAGUGGCAGCUUGGUGUGUCUAGGAUUUGAACUCAUGACCUUCAUAUUCAAAGUCUAAUGCUUUAAUCACGAUCUUCUAUCAUCUCUCCUGGUGGAACAUCAUCCUCAACAUCAAAUGUCCUUUCAUUAUAAUUCCAUAAUUGUUAAGGUUACUGUUUACUGCUGGACACUUGAAUGCAAAAACUGUUCAUAGCAACAGUAGCCCUGAACUGUUCAUAUUAAUAACAGUCCAAAUCCAUUUUCAUGGUUCGGCUCAGUAACAUUAUGGAUCUUGAAACUCUUCAUGCAUCCAUGAACCAUCAGGCAGGUCCAGAAAGAAGAAAGGGACAUGAUCAUAAUCCUCAGCUUGAACAUCUUGAACCUAAGACUAUCUGACCACUAACCAAGAACUAUAACUUGUAAACCACCACUUUCCAUAUUGUCAUUGCAGCUGUAGACCUUUAAAAACACAGAACAUUUCCUAUGUCUGCUUAUAACACUGAAAUGAACAUCUAUGACAACAGCAUAAGGUAAUGCCAGACUAAUACACCAAUUCCUUUAAUUUUUUUUAGAACUGUUAUAAAUUCUCAUAUGGAGAAUGGUUCUGAUACCUGCAUAAACCUGGUAUUACAAGUGAUAUAAACCUAUAUAUGUGCUUAUAAAGGCUUAUAAGAAUAUUUUGGUUUAAAAGCACGAUUUUCUAGCUUGAAAUCCAUCUCGAUUAGGAAAUUCUUCAAGCCAUCUUUAACAGCUUUGCCUACAGAGUGAAGUGAAGAACGUAUGAGGGUUUGAGACUUGCCAGGUACAUUACAUAAAGCAGUUAUAACAGCCUGUAUAACACAUCUGACCUGCUUUUACAACAAUGUUUUAUAGUCUUAUUGUCUACAACGAACCUUAUACUUAAGGUACAACCAGAUAAACCAGAGAUGUUCUAGACUGGGCAUUUUUAGGUAGAAGAUCUCGAAGCGGAGAAGGUUUUAUCAGUUACUGGAUUUAUUUUUAAUUUCAGGUUCGAGUUCCAUUAUUUUGGAAGGGGAGCUUCUGAAAAAUGUAUUGUGUCUUUAAACACUCCUGCACAUGAGCCCAGAAGCAGCUGCACCUCGGAGGCUGUGUGUGUGUGUGUGUGUGUGUGUGUGUGUGUGUGUGUGUGUGUGUGUGAGGUCUAAUAAUAUGACUAAUAUACAUCUAGUGAUUCAUAAGUCAAACGCUACAGCUGUGAAUUUACUAUAAAACCCACUGAAUCAUAUUUCUUUAUUAAUAAUCAUUAACUUUCUAUUUCUACACAUCUAAUAAUGUCAUUCAAAAGUUUGUGGACAUCUCACCAUUUGCUUCCUGAACAACCCAUUCCACAUUGAGUCCCCGUUUACUGUUAUAAUAACCUCCACUCUUCUGGGAAGAUGUUCUGCUAGAUUUUGUGGACAUUUUGUGAAGAUUGGUUCAGACAGGGUGGGAGUAAAGUCAGGUGCUGAUGUGGUUGAGAAGGUGAGGAGGAUUUGUGGAGUGCAGUCAGCAUUCACAUUAAACCCAAAGGUGUUCAAUAGGGUUUAUAGCAGGAGAUCUUCCACUUCAACUCAUGUACAGAAAGAAAGAAAGCUCUAUGGCAGAAGAGGGAGGUUUGGAGGAAGGGAGAAUGAGUAGAGUGAAGGAAGGA